AUGUCUGUGGACGAGAAAUAUGAUGCUGCUUGCGAGCUUUUAUACAGAUUGGAUCCAACAAAGGUGAAAACCCAUUUACAGAACCUUAUUGCGUUGGAGCCUGAAAUCGCAGAAGGAUUACUUUCCUCAAUUGAUAUCCCAUUGACCAUUAAGAAGGAUACCGAUGCUAACAACAAAGAAUUCUUAUGUUGCGACUACAACCGUGACAUCGAUUCUCAUAGGUCACCGUGGUCUAACCAGUACUUCCCUGAAUUGAGUGCCGAAGAUUUGAAAGAAAGUCCUUUUCCCAGUGAGCCAUUGAGAGAACUAGAAGUUGCAUGCAACAAUUCUUUCGAGUUGUAUAGGGACCUAUACUACGAGGGUGGUUACACUUCAACGUAUCUCUGGGACGUUGAUGAAUCAACUGAUUUCGCGGGAGUCAUUCUUUUCAAGAAAGCUGAAUCAGAUGAUUCUAAAUGGGACAGUAUCCACGUCAUAUCUGCCACCCACGAUGAAGAGGGUAUGGAAGUCACAUAUAAUGUCACUACAACGGUGAUCUUGCACUUGGAAAACCUAUCAAAAGAACAACAACUAUCAUUGUCCGGUAAUCUAACUAGAGAAAAUUCCAAGACCGUAAAAUUGCAAAACGUAUCUACUGUUGAACAGCUAGUACCCGCUCACUCUUCCAGCUUGGGAUCUAUGAUUGAAGAUAUUGAAUCUAAGCUUAGAUCAAUGCUCGAAAUCGUGUAUUUCGAAAAGACGUUGGAUAUUUACAACGUGUUGAGAGAACGUAACGAUGAUUCUACCAAAUUGCAAAAGGAGCAACACUCCGAAUUAAUUGAAAACUUCCAGAAAUUAUAA